AUUUUUCUUUACUGUACAGGAGUUGCUAUACAAUGUAUCCUGAAAUGUUAAGUUUUCUCUUGAAAUGAGGCAGGACGAGGCACUUUUGUCGCGUGGAAAUAUUUUCCGUGCUUGUGUGUAUGCUGUAGUCUUUCUUGUUUUGUUAGAAAUAUCAAUAAGUGUAUCUUUUCUAAAACAAGGCACUUACAGAUUGUUAAAAUCAUACGAGGUUUUGAAAAAAUGGGAUAUUUCUCGUUUCACUCUGAUUUUGGCGGCGUCCCAAAAUGAAUGUGACUGGAUGGUGAAUGCUACCAUUAAAGACCUUCAGAGAAUUCUGGAGAGUGAGUGUCAACCAGUCAGGGUGUGUUCUAUAAGUCCUCCUGCUCUUGUGGGGCAACUAGAAACAUACAAAAGUGCACCACCCUAUGAAGAAUUGAUCAAACUGUUCCCUCUUGUCAAGCCAGGAGGCCGAUAUACUCCGUAUGAAUGUAUUUCCCGCGAGCGUGUGGCGAUCAUUAUUCCUUUUAGGGAUCGUGAGGAACACCUCAGGAUUUUACUUCAUAACCUACAUCCGAUUCUACAGAGACAACAGCUGGAUUAUGGGAUUUAUGUCAUAGAACAAAUCUCAGGCUUCAGAUCUGGAAAAACACCAUUUAAGAUGAUCAGCGGAGAUGUUGUUUCACUGGAUUAUCUACUGGAUAGACUUAUUGGGCAUAUAGUUGAAUAUCUGUCAUCAACAUUGAAG